GGCGGACAUCGGCGCGGCGUCGGCGAACUUCGAGGAGUUCGAGUACGUCGCCACGCAGCAGAGGGACGGGCCCGGGUUGGGAGUCAAAAGGUCCGGCGGUGACGUCGAGGCUGACGCCAUGUGGCAAAAGGCGAAGAGGUGAGAGGUGAAGGAUCAGAGACGGGACGUUGUUCGUCAUUAGACUACGUUAGCUACGUUAGACGACGCCGCGCAUUCAUUCAUCGUGAUCGCGAUCGUUCGACCCUGUUCUCGUCCUACCAUCGGCUCGCGCGUCCGGCGGUGAACUUGUACCCGUCCGCUUCGAACGCCAUGAUCUCCGCGCGCGAUAUGAGCAAGUCGCAAUCCAAGUCGCAUUCAGUCACCCCCGCGUCAACCGUCAUCUCCUUCCCCUUGAUCCUGUACGUCAGGCCCGACACAACGGGCACGCGCUCGCUCGCGCCCGCCACCACUCCGCGCACCGUGACCAUGCGCACCGAACCGCCGCCCGCGGGGCGACCGAACCCGUCCACCAGACCGAGCUUGAUGGCCAAAUUUUUGGUCACCAGAGUCCCGCCCCCGUUGCCGGUGUCGAGGCACGCUCGCGCGGAAUACCACGACCCGGAGACGUCGCGACACUCCGCCGUCUCGUCCGUGCCGAUGUUCAAGUCGUGAUUCGACCUUCCCGCGGGCGGGACGUACGCGCCGGGAGGGUUCAGAAGCGGGUUUCCUCCGCCUCCUCCUCCGGCCACCGGCGGAGGGCCCGAGACAAUCUGCCCGCCCUGGAUGUACCCGCCGCCUUUGCCCGUUCCUCCUCCUCCACCGAAGGAUGCGAUGUGCGCCUCGUACUGCGCGCGGCGCUUCGCCGCCGCCGCCGCCAGCUCGGCGCGCGUGGGUUCCUUCGCGGGAAUCACCUCGACCUCGUCGACGACCUCGUUUUCCUUGUCGCUGCCAUUGGAUCCCUUCGCGUCGUUGGAUCCCUUCG